AAAUAUGAAAGUUGCUCCACAUCAGCUGAAUGUGUAAAUUCACAGCUUUAUAAGGUAAGGUUACCUGGUGCGUCCCUUCACCUUUACUGCUCUGGACAGCUCCUAUGGUACUGAACUACAUGGAUCCUGCGGCCCCUGGCUGUAAUUGUUGCUUGUCAUUGGAUAAACGAUGCACGGCGGACAUAUUGGGCCGGCGCUGAUUCGUCGUUUCACCUGCCAGUCAAGCGGAUUUCCUCCACAAAAGACACUGAACCGGGGAGCAAGUGCUGCAGAGCAAAUGCGUUCAAUGUCACCGGAUAGCGGAGAUGAUUUCACAGUGAGGUCGGUAAAGCUGGUCUACGCUGGCGCACGGAGAUAUUAACGCAAGUUGUGCUACUAAGCGCCCCAUGGCUAUACCCUGACACUAUCAUCUGUUCAGCAUCUUUUUUCCAACCCCCCUGUACCGCUCCUCUUCCCUCCUCCUCAGCCUACGGCCUAUUUAUACCCUGUAGACUCAAAAGAGCCCAUUAAAGCUCCACAGACCUCUUCAGGAAGGGCCAACAGUGAGCAUGAAUCCAAUAACACAUGGUCUAGCUGAUCUCCAGCCUAAUCACCUUGUCUUCGACAGCUACAAAUAAGGAAAACAAAGGCUUCAAUCUUUGGAAAUUCUCGAAAUGCAGUAAAAUUACAGCUGUUUUCAACUGGCAGGCUACCCCUGAUAUUUCACUGUGGCGAGGACUGUUUGCAGCUGCAGCAGAUGUGGCAAAUUUUGGAUGCAGCAUGUGCUUAGGUCCAUGGCCUGGACGUUCAGUCCUAUUUUUCUGAUAUACAAGGAAAUAAACAAGGGAUUUUUCUUCUAAAUGGCUCACACAUUUGAAGUCCAGCACCACUCCCAGCCCACUCCACCCUGGGUGUCCCUUGCAGGAUGACUGCUGUCUGUCCCUCUGAAGGCAGCCCAGAAGGGGAUGAAGCUGGGGCUGGGACAGCAGGCUCUAGGGUGCCAGGGACAGCAGGCACUGCUGGGAGCAGCUCAAUUUCUGCGGCCGAGAACGGGGACUCUAAUGGAGAUUCUGUUAGAGGUUCAAUUGGAAGUACAGUUAUGGUUACUGGUGGCCAAAGGUACACCCGUUGGAGCCGCCAGGACAGCUCUGACAUCAACACAGACGAUGAGGGAGCCACCGUCCGCCGCCUCACUCCACUGGAAAGGCUCAACCUGGAUAUGUGCCAGGAUGAAAGGGUGGUGCGUGAGCUAACAGUGGGCAGAAGAAUUGGCUUCUACAAAAUUCGAGGAGAACUUGGCUGUGGGAAUUUCUCUCAUGUCAAACUAGGAAUUCAUGCCCUCACAAAAGACAAGGUGGCUAUAAAGAUCCUAGACAAAACCAAGCUGGAUCAGAAAACCCAGAGGCUGCUGUCCAGAGAGAUCUCUAGCAUGGAGAAACUACACCAUCCGAACAUCAUACGCCUCUAUGAGGUAGUGGAGACUUUGUCACGGUUACACUUGGUGAUGGAGUACGCAGGGGGAGGGGAGCUCUACACAAAGAUUACUACCGAAGGGAAACUUUCCGACACUGAUAGCAAGAUUGUUUUCGCUCAGAUUCUGUCUGCUGUUAAACACAUGCAUGAAAACAACAUCAUCCACCGUGACCUGAAGGCAGAAAAUGUCUUCUACACCAGCAGCUAUUGUGUCAAGGUGGGCGACUUUGGCUUUAGCACACUGAGUCGCCGUGAUGAGACACUUAACACAUUCUGUGGCUCUCCACCUUAUGCUGCACCUGAGCUCUUUCGGGAUGAGCAUUAUGUUGGCGUCUUUGUAGACAUCUGGGCCCUGGGCGUGAUGCUCUUCUUUAUGAUGACAGGCACCAUGCCAUUUAGGGCAGAUACUGUGGCCAAACUGAAGCGAUGCAUUCUGGAGGGGGCCUACAUCCUGCCUUCUUGGGUGCCAGAGGCAUGCCAGAGGCUGAUCAAGGGAAUCCUCCAACCCCUACCAUCUGAUCGCUGCACAGUGGAACAGAUGAUGGGCUGUGAGUGGCUGCUGCCUGUGGACUUCCCAUGUGCCAUGGAACCCUUUAAACUAGACCCAUACUACCUAGCAGAGAAUGAUCCAUCUGAACUUGGGGAAGAAGAGAUGGAGAUAAAGACAGCACUGGAGACACUAGGAAUCACUUCAGAACAUAUCCUCAACAACCAGGGAAAAGACUGCAGGAGCUCCAUCACUGGGGUGUAUAGAAUCCUGCUACACCGCGCUCACAAGAGACGGGUUGUUGAAAGCAGGUCUGUGGUCACACAGGCAGUUGCACCAGCUACAUCGAAUAAAAAGGAACGACUAAAGGUGUACCGUAGUUUACGGCACACGUCUAAACUCUGUGUAAUUCUGUGACAAAAUGCUCUGCUUUGCUAUGGAAAUGAACUGACUUUAUAGUCUGGGAUGAAAUCGCAUGGAUUUCAUUAGAAAUAAAAGCAAUGCUUUUCAGCCCAGUAAUAUCAUGGUAUUUAGCCCCACUCAGCUCCUGAAAUCUGGGGUUUUUUACUUUAGCAUCUUCUAGUAAGUAAAAUUAAUCUCUGUGAGAAUGUUACUGCCGAUGAAUUGUUUGUCUCCUUUUCUGACAGGGAUGGGGCCUGUAGUCCUCAGGAGAUUUGGAAAUGUUGUAAAUGAUCAUUUAUUUAAUUAAACACAAUGAUGAUUAUAUGGAAUACAUUAUUCUGGUUAUUGGUCAUGCAAGCCAGACAUUUCUAGCCCAUAUACAUUCUAUGGUCAGUUGUGCUGUAACACCGAUAAACUCUUGGAGACAUCAAUGUAGCAUAAAUCUUAAGGAAAACAAUUAAAAAUUUACAAAUUUAUGCUAAGGUAAUAAAAGAGUGAAACAUGCAUUCAGUGCAUGAAAUGUGGUGUCUUUAAAGUUUAAUUGCACUUUUCUUCAAUGCCUUAGUUUUGUACUAUGUUAUGAAAUCAGAAAGAAUGGUUUAAUUAGUGUGAUGAUAUGGAUAUGAAUAGAUAUCUCAUCUUAUGUAUCUCUGUGAGAUGUUCCACCUGCUGAAUGACCUCACUCUAUUUGCCCUGGGCCUGAAACUGGCAUUAAGCUACAAACCAACCACGAGAGGUAUUAGUUGUUCAUGUGGCAUAAUUCAUUUUCAGUUCUGAAACAAGACAAUUUCACUACCAAGGUUUUUUA